UAAAUUUUUAGUUCCACGCCGCCGCCGAAGAUUUCGGUAUCGGCGCACAUGCCUAAUCGGUGCACAUUACCUUAUGGCAAAUUUCUCCAGUUGAUUGUGGAGAAAUUGACGGUUUUGUAUAACCUAACGUGCUGUAGACUGUACAUCUAAGAAAAUAAACAUCUUUGUGUUGUAUUUUUUGUGUUAUUAAUAGAAUCGAAUAAUGACGUUAUUGACUUUCUUCUGUUUCUUCGAAUACAAUCAUUAAUAAUUUAUCCGGAAAAUCCUUUUCUCUCAAACUUCGAUGAUAUGUCUGGCGCCCGAAUAAGCCUCGCUAGCAUUCGCUAGAAUUGUCUACGCUAUGGUUUUAUCCAUAGACAAUACAUAAAUAUGUCUGGUAGCUUUAGUCAAAGAUUACAAUAUGUUUUAGUACUUAGUCUAUGUUUAUCUCUUUCACUCUGUCUGUAUCUGUAAUAAUAACCUCAAAAUAUACGUUUAAUAAAUAGUUAUCUUUUAUAUUGAAAGUUUUAUUUGUGUAUAAAUAAACCUUAGAUAUAUAUUCUAUUUUAAGGCAGACUUCUUAAGUAAGUGUUAUAUUGUUAAGUUUAUGUGUUUUACGUAGUAUGGUAACCAUAAAAACAGUUGCUUAUGUAACUCUUUAUCUUAUUAUUUUUACGAGGUUUAGCUGUCUUAAUUAAUUGCCGCGUGUAGACGAUGAUUAACGUCGUAUCAGUAAAAUAAAAACAUCUGACUUUUCAUAUAUUUAAAUACUUCCAUUGUCUUAUAAAAAUAAACAUCUAUUCGGAAGCUACUUGGUUUAUUUUUUCAGAAUCAGAAUGACGCAAACCUAGCAAUGUCGUACAUAAAGGUGCUACAUUGCACAUUUUGCCUAAAACAUGGAGCUUCAGGGCUUUCAGCAAAGUCUGUGCUUUUCAAAACAGAGGUAAAGAAUGGCACAUUUUCCCAACACAUUGCAAGGAUAUCAACCUCACAAUGUUGGAAUAAUAAAGCACUUACAACACCAAUUGUAAAAAAAGGCAAAAAUGUACCACAAGACACAAGGCUAUGGAAAGAAAUGCCAUCUUUAGAUAGAAAAAACAAUGUAGGACAAUACUGUAUGAUGUUGUCUAAAUUUCGAUUAACCUCUCUAGUAGUAAUGACUUCAAUGGCGGGUUAUGCUUUGGCACCAGCACCAUUUGAGUUGACAACAUUUGCACUGUGUGCAGCUGGCACUGGUCUUGUUUCUGCUGCUGCAAACUCUAUCAACCAGUACCAUGAGGUUCCUUUUGAUGCCCAAAUGUCCAGGACUAAGAACCGUGUACUUGUGAAGGGCUUACUCGAACCCGUCCAUGCAAUAGGUUUUGCUGCUGCAACUAGUACCACUGGUCUGAGCUUACUGUACUUUGGGGUGAACCCUCUCACUGCUGCAUUGGGUGCUGGCAACCUUAUCCUUUACACAUCUGUUUACACUCCAAUGAAGAGGAUGUCCAUACUCAAUACCUGGCUGGGCUCUGUUGUGGGGGCUAUCCCACCCCUAAUGGGUUGGGCGGGAUGCACGGGAAGUCUAGACGCGGGCGCGCUGGUACUGGGCGCGAUAUUAUACUCGUGGCAGUUCCCACACUUCAAUGCGCUCUCGUGGAACCUGCGGCCUGAUUACUCGCGCGCCGGGUACAGAAUGAUGGCUGUCACAGACCCUGCAUUAUGCAGAAGAGUUGCGCUACGGCAUACUGGAAUAAUCACUGGUGUAUGUCUCGCGUCAUCAUAUUUCGAGGUCACCAACAUGUGGUUCGCCCUCGAAUCGCUACCAUUGAAUGUUUACUUCAUGUACUUAGCUUGGCAGUUUUACAAGAAAUCGGAUAGUGCCAGUUCUAGAAAACUAUUUAGAUUCUCUCUAAUACACUUGCCAGCAUUGAUGUUACUUAUGCUAGUGAAUAAGAAAUAUUGGAGCUCAAGUGAUACCCAAGAGCAGAGAGACUCAUCAAAGGCACAGGACCUAAACAAACUGCAUGACACUAAAAGAAUAACAGUAUUACCCCGAGGUCCUAUCGUCACUGCACAGGAGUCUGAAGCCGAAUGAUCUCUAAAUCGAAGUAACUACAAGGAUGUAGAUAAUUUAUAUUAUUUUUGUUGUAAAUAAUGUACAAUGUAAUUAUGUGAUUCAAUCAAUUAGCUGGUGAUGAAAGUUGAUCAAUCGUAGCUUUGUGAUUCAGCAUUAUAAUCACAGAACAGAGAUAGUAAAUUGACAGAUAUGUUACAUAUCUAUUUUGUGUUAGUUUUACGUGACAAAUAAAACAGUUAAUUUAAUAUUGCAUUCCUUCUUUUUUUAAUAAAAUAUUUGAAUAUACUGAUAUUAAUUUUCUUUGCUCUGUGGUUAUUCGGCAUUUUAAUCAAUGUUAUAUUGCUUUGUAGCAAUAAAUAUGUUCCUUUAAUUUAUUAUUGACAGAGGAAUAAAUGAAAUUUCCAAAUAUUAUUAAAUCUUAUAAUUUAAAUUACAAUUAUCGCUGGAAUUAUUGGUAAUCUACAUACAUACAUUACAUUCAGGCAAUCAGUUUUUGAACAUUAUGCAGACAGACACUAGAUGUAAACUUAAGAGAUUGAUUCAUAGACCGAGGUGAGGUCAGGAAAACCCGUUGUAUCCACACAUGACAACAAUUUGUAAGACUUCGUUGUCUGCAGUAAUUUAUUUCCUGAAAGAGAUAAAAACUCAUAAACCUU